ACCCUUAUAUCGUCGACUUUGCUCAUUUCUUUGUACACUGUAAAUAACACAGUUUAACGUUACGCCAUAGACUUUGCGUGUAUACCGGCAGUAUACGGCCGGUACACAUACACACGUCUAGCUGCGCUGCGCGCUGCACAGAGUCAGAGGAGUAAUUGCGUAGUGAGGGUCGAGGAAACAGCCCAUGAUUUACUUAGAUUUACACGAAGAUUUUACUCUGAAAUUCAGAGUUUUUACUAUUUUUAUGAUCCAAUAGGUAGAGCAACAGCAUGAAUGAAAGGCCCGAACGAGGAGAUGAAUCUGGAAGUGAAAUAUGGACUUCCUCAUCCAGUUGGGAGGCGCAGUGUCUGGAAGAAUUGGAUCGGGAAUUAGAACCAAAUUUGGAUGAACGUCUACCGCAAGAGAAACAGUUUGCAUCAGAAAAACUUUGGUAUUCCUUUCAAAACUGCGCUAGUGCUGUAACAACUUUAUAUAAAGAACGUCUUAACCAAAGCAAUAUCCAUAUACCUCUUUGGCUAGUUUUCCAAAAUGCUGCUGGAUCAGUCACACAGUUGUAUAAAGAAAGCACAGAUGCACAAAAAUGUAGUUUAGAUCUAGGUAUUAGCAUUGGGCACCAGCGCCGCACCAGAGACAUCGUGGCCUGGGUCAAGAAGCGCAGGAGACACAUACGUCGUGAGGAUCUCUUAGCAUUUCUCUGCGGUAAGGCACCGCCUGGCAGGAUCAGGCCGUCACAUGGAGUACCACGUAGUCCCUCAGAUAGAUCAUCCCCACGCACCCUCUCUCCGCCACGUGAAGCCCAGAGAACAGGGGAGCCUGUAGAUGAUCUUCAACCCUUUAGAGAUGCCCUAGCUUUGCAUGGUCUGAAUGGGGCGAUGGCCAAUAUAGGAGUUUCCCAAUCACCCUCUUCACACCACUCAUCAUCGAGGAGACGCCACGCAUCAAACCACGAUCUCUUCCCAGAGGAUCUUGUAAGCCAUCCCGACUCACGGAAACGUUCUAGCACCACCAGCGCCCCCACAGCGGAAGGAUCACCAUCGCACAAACGCUCACGUCUACUAUAAAUAAACAAAAUCCUAUACAUCGUGUGCCACUAUUGAAUAUGUAAUAUAAAGCGAAACAAAAGUGUGUGUAUUACCUUUGACAGCGUUCAUGGACUAUGACUGUUGCCUUCCUCACAUCACAGAUUUGAUAAGAUUAUGAAUAUUAGUGUGCAUACAUUUGGGCAUUUUUUCUUUUUGUUUACCAAUUAUUUAAAACCAAUGCUGCACAUGUACAUGUUUUUAUGUGUCAGUUAUACCUUUUUACUUUGUUUUUUCUUCUGUAGUUAUACAGUCUGACCUUGAUUGUACAGGAAGGGAGGGGGGGAUAUAAAAAAAACCUGUUAAGUUAUGUAUGAUUUUACAAACAUCCGACAUAACUUUGGUGCUAAAUCACAUUCUUAAUCAUCUAAAGGCUUUGCGCAUUACUUGCUAGUGACUAUUUUUGCUACCCACAGGUUGCUUGCAUUGACAGAAUCUCGCACGUAUCUCAUUGGCAGUUGCCCACAGGAGUACAUGCAAGUGUGAUUUGCCUGCUGAAAAGUUUUGUCCAUGCUCAAAACUUUAUUACUGGUGAGUUGCUUUUACGUAACGAUGUGACAUGGUGUUAAAUGAACAAUGUCUGUAUAAUUUAGGUCAGGCUGUAUCCUUUUUCAGUAUUUUUCACCAUUUUAUCAUUUAAAAAAGUUACAAGGAGAAAAACUACUGGUAUUUGAGUUUUUCUUUGUUUAUUAAUUUUAAAGUAUAUUUGGUCACUGUAAAGUACAAUGUAUACAUGUUAGAUAUCUAGAGUAUGAAUAUACUUUUUAUAUUUGAUUUUUUUUUUUUUCAUUGGAAUGUUACUUUUUUUUUUUUUCACAAUUAUUUUGUUUUUUCUAUUUGAUACUGAUUAUGUUUUGUAUAAUGUGAAUUCUCAUGAAGCUUCACUUUGUUUUUGCUUUAUGAGUUGCACUAUGUUGAAUGUAACAAGGUAUUACCCAUUUAUAUAACGUGUAAAAUAAAAAUAUAACUUUUUUUGCCCACUCAAGCCAAUGUGUAAAAAAUGAAAGCUUUAUAUGCCUGUCUUGUAAAUAGAUUUCCAUCAUUCAUAUAAAAAUUUUGCUCUAAAUGUGAAGUGUGAUGUUUCUUGUGAUCAAAUUUUUGACCUCUCGAGAGAAAUGGUUCUUUUCCUUUCAACAUAUCAAGUACUGCAUGUAGAAAUUCAAAUUAUAUUAGUAAGCCUAUUAAUGAUAAUUGAUAUAAAUGCAUCAUGCACACAUAUCUUGAAACCUUCAAUGAAGGCAACAAUGAAAUGAAUAUGCAUAUGAAUAUACAAUUAGCUGUAAUAAAUGACCAUGUGGGUGUUUCUCAAAGACUCAAGUCGUACUAUUAGAUUAAACAUCAAUUCUGAGAUGUUUUUGGCAUGUAACGCAUCACCUCAUUGGUCAGAUCAAUACUGACGAAGGAUGUUUUCCAAUAUAUACAUGUAUAUUUCCAAUAUAGGUAGAUGCAUAUUGGAAUUUAUGCUGUUGGAUUUAAUUUUCAAUCAAGCUGCCACAGUCUAUUAGAAACACUCAUAGUUUGAACAAAUGAUUUUGAUCACAUUUGAGCUCUUUUUACAUUGGUAUGUGAUUUUACAGACAGCUGUUACAAAUACAGACUUGGAUUUGUUGUUAUGUGGGACUCCUGUAGAAUUUUGUGCCAUUUACAAAUAUUUGUGAUUAAUCUUUGUAUCUUAGCUGUAUUUUGCAAGCUCUGUACAGUUUUGAAUAACGCCCCUCCCCAUCCCAUUAUAUAUUAUUUCCCAAAGUCAGCAUUUUUGUAAAUUUACAAAGUGAUUAUAUAUUUCAAUCUGUUUCGAGUUAUUAUUCUUUUAGUUUGAUUUGUUUAGCCACCUGAAAGUUUUAUGAUUUUUAUGGUUGUUUUGCAUGUUUUGUUUUGAAUAUUUUCUUUAUGAGAUAAGUAUAAGAAAUAAUUUAUGAAGUGCUUAUUAUUCUAUGAAUUCACUUUCCUAGCAACUUAUUGUAUUAGAUAAAACAAUUCUGCACAGAUUGUGAACAAAACUUCAAAUUUAGAACUGAAUGAUGUUUAAAUUUCUUGUGUUGAACAAGUUCUCAUACGGAUUGAAAUGAUUAUUAACUCUCUGCAUUUACAGUGUAAAUCAGAUUUCAAAAUUUAGUGCAUUUCAUAGUCUAGAUGUUAAUUGCUAUACUGGUCAAAUACAAUAAAUGUUUUGAUGAAGGAAUACAUUUACUAAGUAAUUUUGCUUUGCUAUUAUUGAUUGAAUCACAGUAUUAUUUCGGUAAGCUUACUCUAAAGGAUAAUCCUGGUGAAAAGGUUGGCACGAUAAUUUACGACUCGCACAUCAUGUCAAACUUUUGUUCACAUAUUGGUGCACUUCUCAUGAAUAUGUAUGAAGACCUUAAAGCUUCUUCACAUGGAUUGAAAACUAAUACCAACGUAGGUAAAAUGUGUUUCACAUUCAUAGAUAUCUGUCUUGGAUAUUGGGUUCAGUUCCACUUCUGGGUAUUGGCAUGGUUUGUACCAGAGACCUUGUAGUGCAAUUGAAGCUGAACUCUUCAAUUUGUUGUAAAUUUCAUUCUCCCUAUCUUUGCUGUAAAUGUAGACAAGUGCAAUUACUUAUUGCAUUUGAUUGGUCAACAACGGAAGUUUGAAACAAAUGUGAGAAUCCCACUUUUUUUCUUCAAAAUUAAUCCCUCUUAGUCCAUACAAAUUUCCAACUAGCUUCUUAUUUGAUAAAAUAAACAUCUGAAAGUUGUAUACUGUAUGCUUGUGAGCCUCAUAAUCUAACAUUGCAAAAAUUAAGUGUUAGAAUAUGCUGAAUGUAUAUUUUAAGCAAUUUUAUGAGAUGGAUAUAACUGCAGCCAAAGGCAUUAAAAUGAUAUAUUCUUUACCUCUGAUUAACAGAUGAAAUACAAAGCCAAAUGUGGCAGUGUUUUAUAGUCUAUUAAAAUAAGCAGGGAAUAUUAUGUGUGUAUCUAUGUAUAUAAUUAGAUAGGUAAACAGUAGUUAGUUCAGUACUGUGAUAUAUAUGUACCGUAUGUUCACACUGUAAACAUGUUCAAUGGUAGCAAAAGCAACCAAUAUAGUGCAGAAUAUAUUCUACUUGAUAAUUUCAGGUAGUUGUGCAUAUCUGGGCUAUGUAAGCCAGUGGGUUUGUACCGGGCAAUGUGUCGUGAAGUUAAAAUGAACAGAUUUAUUAUAAAGGGUAUGUGACAAUAUUCGAUUUGAGAUGGACACUGAAAUAUUAUCAGGUUUUUUUUAUUCAUUUUGUUUUUAGUUUUUUUUUUGUGAUUUAUAUUUAGGGAAAUAUCUUUUGAUGUAAAAUGGUGGAGCUAUCCCAUUUUGGGACAAUGUGACUGCAUGUUGUGGUUUGAUUCUAAAAUUUGAUGCAGAAUCUUAAAAAUCAUUAUAAAUUGCAUCACACACAUACUGCCCCCUUAUUUACUUUAUCAUUUAAUAAUAAUAAUAAUAAUUGGAAUUAAAUAAUCACUACAAUCCCUGAUUUUGCAAAUUAGUGGAAACUUCGAAAUUACUGUUUUCACAAGCAAAUAGCGAGCCACAAUGUCUAACUUUAAAGGCAUUCUCACUCAAUUUAUGAAAAAAUCAAAUGUUUCAGUUCAUUGGGCUGUUCCUUGAAAAACAAAGUCCAUAUAUGUGUUUAUUGUAGAGUUAAUCUUUCUGGAGUGAAAUGUACAUGACAAGAGGUAAUCUGUAGUUAUGGAGUCGAGAUUGUCCUCGGCCACGUCUUGCUGGCCUUGGCCUUGGUGUCUCAGUCCGAGUCACACAACAAAAUCUAUGGGAGAAACUUUGCUCCAGUGUGACUUGGAUGAUCCUGGCUUUUAAUCCAUCCCUGGUAAUGUUAACAUGCCUUCUUGUUUGCUCAUUUGUCUCUUAAUUUGAGAUGUCCUAACUCAAAACUAUUGUGGAUUCAACUUCAGUGAGCAAGUUUUUUUUAAGUGUGAACCCAACUAGAAAUUAGGAAAAAUAAUAUGAAGUAAUACCAUGAAAUUAUCAGCCAUUUUGCAAAUAAUAUUUAUUUAACACAUUUUUUUUCUUCUGAGAAAUGUAAUGAGACAAGACAACAAGUUAUUUUAUAGGCAAAGUCCACCCUGAAAUUGGUUUCAACGAAAGCAGAAAAGUUAAAACCACUACAGAGUUUUAGAUUUUGUGAAGUGUUAGAUUUGUGGUGUCAUUGCGAGCAAGCUUCCUUGUAUGUCAUGUAAUAUAGGUCCCCAUGAUGUACUAUUUUUUUUCUCAUAAUGUAUGACUUUACAUGUGCAGUCAAUAUAUGAUCCUUCAUGCAUGUACAUGUAGGUAGGGAAAAAGGGUCAUCAUGAACCAUUUAAUUUUAUGUGCAUGUAUACAGAGCUGCUCGCUUGUGACGUCACAAAUUGAAUCUUUUUAAGUUCUGUUAUUCUUUGAUAUAUUUUCAUAAAACCUUCAUUCUCAUUAUUCUCUCAUUUUUCUACUGUUAUUUGGUCCAACUUGAUAUGAGGGUGAACUUUCUCUUUAAGUGAAAAUGUGUAGCGUAAUCUUUAAGAUAUGCCAUUAUUUGCUCCUCAAUAUAGCAUUGUGUGGUUAAAACAAAUCUAUAAUCUGCAGCUAAUGUUAUAUGUACCGGUUAUAUGCAGUGAGUCUUAAAAUGUACUCGCUCAGAAAUUAAAGAACACUGGUAUUGGAAAAAUUGGAAAA